AUGCGGAACCAAUUACAUCUCUUGUUAGUCAAUUUAGCGAUUACUGAUGUUGGAAUGUCGGCGUCUUGCAUGCCUUUCGCCGUGGUAACUGUUCUCUUCCAUGGACAGAUCAGUGUGUGUUGCAUCUCGCAGGCUUGGUUGAAGAAGUCUUUGAGCCUAGUCACAUGUAUCGGAUGACCAUGGCUAUUUUUCUCUCGUCCUAAUUUGUAAUGUCAAAUAAAUAGUUUUCCUAUUUUAUCUGCUUAAAAUGGCUAAGUAUGUUUACGCAUCUUAUUCUCCGUUUUGUUUUACUGAAUUUUCAACCGAAUCGCUAGUAAUACCCGUGACAUAAAUUGAAAAUGGAGAACUAGUUCAGUGUCAUCUAAGCCAUACUAAGAAAUCAACACCUCAUUGAAGCUAACAUUCAAACCAAUUUUUUCCCUGUAGACUGAUAUUGAAAUUCUAUCAAUUUUUUGCUGAGAGCUGCUCGUAAGUGAUUUAUCAAAUCUAAACUCACUCGAGACUGAAGUUUAAUCCCGGAAGAAAAUAAAUUUUUUUUUAGAGCAACGGUUAAAGACUGGUGACAAACGCAAUCGCAUAUUGGUUGGUUUGACAGUAAAUAAUCACUUCGAAGUUCAUUAACGCUUUAAGUCUUAAACUCUAACUUCUCUCCACAACUUUAAUAUAUCAUUAACUAAACAGGUAAUGAAAAUAGACUGAUGUAUCGGGGGAACGACUUAAACCUUGAUCUAACGUCAAACUCUCCUCUCUAAUUUACAAGGAAUUGCAUAGAAGUUAAAAAUCAGAUGAUUGGAAUUUAAGGGUUGGUUUACAGACGUAAACUUGUGGCCUACGGCACAUAAAUUUCUAUCUUCUUUCUAUCUCUCCAUAGACCAUCAAUAAAUCGUUUUGUUACUUCAACGGUUUCAUCAAUACGCUUUUCGCGAUGGCCAGUGUGCUUACGAUAUGUUCGCUGUGUGUUUUCCAGUACGUGUCUGUCGUUUUGCCUAUGAACAAGUCUCUCACCAACCUCCGUUGCCUCGUCAUGGUGCUACGCGCAUGGAUUAUUUCCAUAUUCCUCGCCACGGGACCCGCGAUACGUAAUGGGGGCGCUAUCAAUUCAAUUCAAACAUUUUCAACUACGUAUAUUAUCACUCUACAAACAGAGCAGAUAUUUCCUACAACAUUACCAUGA